UGUAAUAAACCAGUGGCUGAAGUAUUACUAUAAAACCCCCCACUACAUUCAGUUCGUUUCGAUCAGUUCCAUAAGCUUUGUCUUCUACUCCUCGAUUUUAUCAAAUCUUUCAAUCCAACUUCAACUAUGGCCAGAAAAUUCUUUGUUGGUGGCAACUGGAAAUGCAAUGGUACCACUGAGGAUGUUAAGAAGAUUGUCAAAACUUUGAAUGAAGCUGAGGUUCCUUCUACUGAUGUUGUUGAGGUUGUGUUGAGCCCUCCAUUUGUAUUUAUUCCAUUGGUCAAAGAUUUGCUCAGACCCGACUUCCAGGUUGCAGCUCAAAACUGCUGGGUUAGCAAGGGUGGUGCCUAUACCGGAGAGAUUAGUGCUGAGAUGAUCAAAAGUUUGUCCGUUGAUUGGGUUGUUCUUGGUCACUCUGAACGUAGAGCUCUUUUGAAUGAGUCAAAUGAAUUUGUUGCCGAUAAAGUUGCAUAUGCACUUUCUAAAGGUUUGAAGGUGAUGGCCUGUGUUGGUGAGACUCUUGAACAGAGAGAAUCAGGAUCUACAAUGGAGGUUGUUGCUGCACAGACAAAAGCAAUUGCAGCAAAAAUUACAAACUGGGACGAUGUUGUUGUGGCUUACGAGCCAGUUUGGGCCAUUGGUACGGGAAAGGUUGCAUCACCUGCUCAGGCUCAAGAGGUCCAUGCUGACUUAAGGAAAUGGCUUCAUGACAAUGUUAGUGCUGAAGUUGCAGCAUCAACUAGAAUUAUUUAUGGAGGUUCUGUAAAUGGAGCAAACUGCAAAGAGUUGGCAGCACAACCAGAUGUUGAUGGAUUUUUGGUUGGUGGAGCUUCUUUGAAGCCGGAGUUUGUUGACAUCAUCAAGUCUGCAACUGUCAAGAGCGCAUAAGGUCUGCAAACUGUGUCUAGAACUUGAGUGUAAUUUUUUUAUCUUGCAACUUAUAAAUUUUCUCAGCUGUUUUUCCAGCUCGGUGAGCAGUCAUCAUCCCAAGAAAUAAGGAUAAUAACUCAGAUCUUUUGUCAUUGUAUUUUAUUCACGAACUUCAAAUAAUUUAUUAGCAAUACUAAACUUGAGGCGGAUUUGUUUAUUGAA